GUUAGGUUAGAAAUGAGAAUAAUAAGUUGGAAGUUAGGUUAGUUUGCCUUGUAACAUUCUGUUAUUGUAUAAUUUAUUUUAUUAGCACUAUGUUUGUGGAAGAGAGUGAGGAUAUAAGUAAUGCUAAAAGCCGUCUCCUGGACGUGUUCGCCGACCUUGACGACGAUGAACUAAAAGCUAUGGAACAGUGGAUCGGUAGUAAACAGUUUAAAAAAGAUUUAGAAAACAAGAAAUCAAUAAAACAAUCAGAGGAAGUACUAAACAAAAUAGCAGAUGCGAUCAAAGGGAUGGUGCCGUUUGAGGCAGAGAUGGUAUCAGAAAAGAUAGAGUUCCCCGCAGUGGGGGAUGUGGCAGAUUGCAACAGAGUGAACACUCGGCACGUGGACGAGUUCCUGUAUGAUGAGGAGCAGGUUCAGGAGCUCGUGAAGAACGGGAAGCUGUCUAGACAUUAUUGUCUUGAUUGCAAUUCACAGAAUAUUAAAGAGCUGACAUACAUUUCACAUUCCAAGUCCAGAGUACAGCUCCAGUACAUAUUUAAAGUUCUGCUGCCAAAGGAUCUGGAGUGUAAACUAAUUUUGGAUGUGGGCUCCAGGUUUGGCGGCGUUUUGUUUGGGGCAUAUUAUUAUACAAAUGCUUCAAAGAUUAUUGGCAUUGAACUUAACAAAGAAUGUUGUGAGAUACAAGAGAAGGUGAUAGCUCAAUAUAAAAUGGACAAAAACAGAAUACAAGUAGUAAACUCGGAUGUACUAAACAAGGGUGAUGUAGUAAAGAAAUCUGAUGUUUGUAUCAUUAAUUGUUUAGACUUUUUCGUGAGUAUAGAGGAGCACAAAAGAUUGUGGUAUUUUUUCAAGGAGCUUUUAAGAAAGGGUAGUUUUGUUGUCCUGGACAGGAGUAUUGCCGACACAUUACAGCCGCUGGAUAUGUUUGAAGAGUUUGCGGAUUGGCUGAGUGUUAGUAAACCACUUCAAUUAGAAAAUGAGAUCUUGUUUGAUGUGGAAGAUUUACAUGAGUUAUAUUUGUACACUGUUAAUUAAUCAGUACAA